AUGCAAUCAAAGCAAGAUGGACCCUUGGUGACACAGCAACAAAAGUCGCCUCUGUUAACAGUAGAAGUGUGUCUUGCUCCUGUUGAAGUUGUGCAGCCUGCUGUUCCACAACAAGGUGUGGAAGCAGAAGCAGUGGUCGCGGCACAAAAUCUGAUGCCUGCUGUACCACUGGCUCCAGAGCAGCCACAACAGCCACAACAAGCACCACAACAACCAACAGCACCCCCAAUCCAACAAGAAGAACAAGAAGAGCACAACAAUCAUACAAUAUUGGUCCCCAAUGAGCAACAGGCACCCGAACCCAUGACAAUCGGUCAAGAGUUGGUCCUUCCAACACCGCCAGAACAACAGCAACAGGGACCACGGCCAGUGGCAACUCAACAUGGAUUCGAAUGGUUUGAUGCACCAGAGGGAAUUGUCAUUGGCAAUCCCAUUCGCCAGCGAAAAUGGGUGUUAAAGACUCCAGUGAAUGAUGAGGAGAUCUGUGAUGGAUGUGACAUUGGUUUUUCACGAUCAAGCAGCCGAGCCACUUUGUGGUCAACGGUUGCUUCAUUCAAAUACAUUCCUGCACCUGCUUUUGGUCGGACAGGCAUGCCUCACAAUCGAUUUGACUCUAUUUGGGAAUGCCUAACAUUUUCAAGGCAGCCAGAACAGCGCCCAGAAGGCAUGUCAGCAGAGGCAUAUCGCUGGCUCCUCAUUGACGAUUUCAUAAACGAGUUCAAUGAGUACCAAGCCGCAAACUUCAUCCCUGGCAGCACCAUCUGUGUUGAUGAAUUGAUUGCAAGAUGGUAUGGCAUGGGCGGUCAUUGGAUCAAUGAGGGCAUUCCCAACUAUGUUGCAAUAGACAGGAAACCAGAAAAUGGGUGA